AUUCAACCCUCCCAGGGCCAACACAGUUUACAAGCUGACACGGGCCCGUAGACGAUCAGCGCUGGCCAGCGGAAAGACCGCUGCGACCGCUGCCUUCGCCAUGGCCCCUCCAUCACUUCCUCUCACGCGCUCUCCGUCGUCGACAGCCGAAUCGGACUCGACGCUGAGCACCAACCCGACUGCGACAGCCACACCCUCCAUCGGCCUUUCGAUGGGCAGCAACGCUUCCCUCACCAGCCUCGAGGACAGCAGCAGCAGCGUGCCCAGCUCUCCGUCUGCGUCUACCAUUCUUCAUGCCAAAGAGCAACACCUCACUCGCAUGGCCGCCGCUAGCGGCGGUGCCUUCGGCGCAAGUACCUCUUCUACGCCCCACGUAGUCCCCGGCGAGCAUCCUCUCAAGUCGCGCCGGGCGCCAACUACAGGCUAUCGUUUCUCCACCAUCUGCGCCACCAUCGAUGAUCCUGCGCACCAUGACCAGUACGGCGCCUCGUCGACGCCGAUUUACAUGUCCGCCACAUUCAAAGGCCCGCCAGGCGCCGAGUUCGACUACUCGCGCUCAGGCAACCCUACGCGCAGCAUGCUGCAGCACCACCUGUGUCAGCUGCAGAACUGCAAGUUUAGCUUCGCUGUCAGCUCCGGCAUGGCCUGCCUCGACGUCGUCACCCGGCUGCUGAAGCCGGGCGAGCGCAUCGUCGCCGGCGACGACCUCUACGGGGGGACGAACCGCCUGCUCGGCUACCUCAAGUCGCACGGCGGCGUAGAGACGGAUCACGUAGAUACUACGAAUGCCGAAAAGGUGGAGCAACUGCUCGAGCAGCGAGCGAAGGACAUCACGGCUGGCACGCCGGGGAUUGGACCCGUCAAGAUGGUCCUUCUGGAAACCCCCACCAACCCUCUCCUAAGAGUCAUCGACCUCGCUCGCUGCUGCAAGGCCGUGCGUCGCUUCGCACCGGACGCGCUGAUCGUUGUAGACAACACGAUGAUGUCGCCCUAUCUCAUGCGUCCGCUCGAGCUCGGCGCAGAUGUUGCGUACGACUCGGGCACCAAGUACCUCUCCGGCCACCACGACCUCAUGGCCGGCGUAAUCGCCUGUGAUAGAGACGACGUCGGGAAGCAGAUCUCCUUCACAAUCAACAGUGUUGGCAAUGCGCUGACGCCGAUGGACUCGUUCCUGCUCCUGCGCGGCAUCAAGACCCUUGCCGUGCGCAUGGACCGCCAGCAGGAGUCGGCCGUGCAGGUCGCGCAGCAUCUGCAUCGCCUCGGCUUCAAGGUUAACUACCCUGGUCUUGCCUCGCACCCGGGCAAGGCGAUCCACGACGCGCAGGCCGCCGGCCCGGGCGCCGUGCUGUCGUUCGAGACGCACGACGAGGAUCUGUCCAAGCGCAUCGUCGGCGCCGCGCGCCUCUGGGGCAUCUCCGUCUCGUUCGGUUGCGUCAACUCACUGAUCAGCAUGCCAUGCCUGAUGAGCCAUGCGAGCAUCGAUCCCAAGGUUCGCAAGGCGCGCAAGCUCCCCGAGGAUCUCAUCCGCCUCUGCGUCGGCAUUGAGGAUUGCAGGGACCUGAUUGAGGAUCUGCAGAACGCCCUGCUGGAGGCCGGUGCGAUCCGCAAGAAGUACAAGCGCAGGCCGCAAGGACAGCCGCAGGUUCAUGCUCAAGUAACUGGAGAUAGACAAGGAGAGGAUGAGAAGGAGGAGGAGGAGGUCGAGUACGAGCGAGUUCCAACCGAAGCAGAGGCGGAAGAAGCCAACUACCUUCGCUCAGGUCCAGGUAGCACCGGCGGCCUUGACGUCAAUCGCCUCGAGACGCGCGGAGGCGACGACGAUGAGGACAACAGUACCGAUGCGGCUGACGUUGCCCCACAUCCGCCUCGCGCGCAAAACAUCAAUUCGAACCUCAACACGGCCGUAGGGUCCGUCCUGAUCGCCGAUGCUUCCGCUCGCAGGGCCGGUGCCGGCUUCGCUGAAGACCAUGUGCCAUCACCGUCGGUCAUUGUGUCUGCUCCGGGCAAAGUGAUCCUGUUUGGCGAGCACGCCGUCGUCCACGGCGUCACAGCCGUCGCGGCGGCUGUUGCGCUGCGUUGCUUUGCACAGGUCAGCCCGCGCUCUGACGGAUGCAUCAGCCUGAAUCUACUCGACCUGAAGGUCGAGCACAUCUGGCGCCUCAACGAUUUGCCGUGGGACCUCGUGCCGACAAAGGAUGUGCGCGAUGGAGACGAUCUGGCCUCGCCCGAUUGCCUUGAUGCGCGUCUCAAGCUCGCGAUCGAAAAGCUGGUCACGCAGACUGCGAAGGAAACUCAGAAGAGCUACGCGGCUUCAGUUGCUUUUAUCUAUCUGUACAUGUGCAUCGCUGGAAGGGAGCAGAACGGCGGGCAGUCCUUCUUGCUUCGCUCUGCGUUGCCUAUUGGCGCAGGUCUAGGCUCUUCCGCUGCGUACUCGUCCUGCUUGGCCACCGCGCUGAUUUAUACGCAUGACCACUUGCCUCGGCCCGCCGGCGGAGCAGCUGGCAGCAUCAACGCUUCUGAAGCCUCGCUUAUCAACGCUUGGGCCUUUCUCUCUGAGAAGGUGCUGCACGGAAACCCGUCCGGCGUGGAUAACUCUGUCUCGGUGCACGGUGGCGCGCUGGUAUUCAAGCGCGCGCACGCUCGCAACGGCCUGCUUGCCAACGAGAUGCAGGCACUGCACGGCUUCCAGUCUGUUCGCUUCCUGCUCACGGACACCAAGGUGAGCAGGGAUACGAAGAAGCUCGUCGCGAACGUCGGACGGCAGCUGGAAGAAGAGCCAGAGCGCAUCAAUGCGCGUCUUGCAACGAUCCAGUCCAUCUCCAAUGCCGCGUCCAAGCUUCUUGGUACUUCCAGCAGUGCCUCGACACGCCAAGAGUUGCUCAAGGAGCUUUCUGCCCUCAUCGAACAGAACCAUGCGCAGCUUGUGGAUCUACAAGUCAGCCACGAGUCGCUCGAGGCCAUCCGCGCCACCACAGCUAGCGAGCCGUGGCAGCUGUCCACCAAGCUGACUGGUGCCGGCGGGGGAGGAUGCGCCGUCACGCUUCUCCCGGACGAGCUUCUGCCCGAGCAGCUCGACGGACUCAUCAGGGCGCUGGAACAGCAGGGUUUCGCGUGCUACGAAACGAGCAUUGGCGGCCCUGGUAUCGGUUUGCUGGUCAAUCGAGGUGGCGAAGAUCAGAAUGCUGGCUUUCCUGCCGACCGCGCCUUGUUCGUUCAGGGCGACGGCAAUAAGAUUGCAGAAUGGACAAAGACACAUGGUCCCGAUGCGUGGGCCUUUGCUUAA